GCGCAUGCGAUUGCAACGUGCCCGGAACUGAGUAUAUCUAAAGCUAUAAAUGCUAACUACUGUGUGGGACCUUCCUGUUCAAGACAAGGGGAAAGAACUUUGUAACAACAUGGCGGCGAUCAAACUGUUUCUGCUCGUCGGCUCUGUGGCUUUGUUCAUCAACAGCGUUUCGGGACAAAACGACUUGUGUGGCACGAUGUACUUCCAGUGUGACAACGGCAGGUGCAUCUUCCACAUGCCACCAGUCAUCUCCUGGCUGUGUGACGGGUUCGAUGACUGCGGGGACGGAAGUGACGAGGCAAACUGCGGAAGUGACGUCACCAGACCCCCGUGUUACACGGGGCUGUGGCAGUGCGAUAACGGUGGCUGUAUCCCAGAGGAGCGGCGCUGUGACGGGCUGUACGACUGUCACGACUUCAGCGACGAGAACAACUGUCCGACAAACUAGCCGGAAAGACGUUGCCGAACGAACGCGCAUGCCAGGAGCGGACACGCGGAUCUCUUUGUUUUUUGAUGAUUAAAAGAUUAUCAACAGUG